UCGCCGUCCGACUGAUGAGUCUCUGCAAAGUAAGCGCAAUGUUUUAUCCUGCCUAAUUUGACCUGAAAACUCUGAUCAGAAAAUACAAGCCUACUUUGUAGGAAACAUCCAGGAUCAUGACUCACAGUGUAUUGGGAGUACUUCUAAUCCAGAUUCUGAUAUCAUGUCAGAUCGGAUCAAUCCAAUCAGCUCCUCUCUCCUCCUACUUGGUAUCUUCAUUUACACCUCCUGAUUCUGAUUUCAAGCUACCAUUUAACCACAUCGCCUUCAACAACAUCACUGGAGAUAUCUAUAUAGGAGCACGAGAGAGGCUCUACCAACUCGGCUCCGACCUGAACGUAAAACAGACUGUCAAUACUGGAAAGUGUCAGAAUGAUGAAGGUCUUUUCAAUGAUAAUAAACUCCUUAUUGCGGUAGUAACGCCUCAAAAAUACACACUCGUCGCUUGUGGGGGCUGUGACGUUAAUUGUCAAACAAGGGAUUUGGCUAAUAUUUCACUUGACCAGGGAUAUUCAACAGACACUGUUGUAGCUACAGGAGACAACCCUACUGUUGGGGUUGUUGCUUUUGGAUUCAAUGUCAAUUGCCAAACUGAUGAGAGGGAUACCCUUGAUGAAUACCUUUACUUAUAUACUGGGAUCAGUGGCAAGGGUAAAAGUGAGACUAGAUUCAUUUCAAAGCUCACUUUAUCUGACCUUUCGAUACAGCAAUACAUACCUAUACAUGAUAUAACUAGUGACAUACGAUUCACGUUUAAACAUGUCAUUUCCUACAAAGAUUAUAUCUAUUAUUUCAUAUCAAGAAAACAAAAUACCUAUUUAGGAGGGUUUUGCCGUAAAACACUGGAUUGUGAGUUUGAAUCUUACACGGAAAUAAUGUUGCAGUGUGAACCUAACAAUGACAUGAAUGAGGUGAUCCAAUCUGCUCAGAUCGGACCAGCAGGUUCCCAGUUAGCGGAGUCAAUGAAUAUAAACAGCACAGAUGACUUAUUGUACGUGGCAUUCUCAUCUACAUCUUCGUUUUCUCUUUGUGUGUAUAAGAUGAUCGAUGUCCAGCAGAGAUUCGACGAUGCUAUCUUAGGGUGUAUUUUAGGAACAGGCACUGGCACUACGAACACCUUCUUGGAAAGGCAGAAUGAGGAAAGUAAAUGUGGCCAAUCCGGCAGCCCAGGAGAUUUAUUCAACCGAAAGCCGGACAAGCAAAUGACCUCAGAGCUGGAUGGCAUGGAACCUGAAGUUUACAAAAACGCAUUGCUGCCGGUUCUAUCCGUGGUCUUCCCUCCGAAAUGA